AUGUAUCGCAUCGUCGCAACCGCCUCGGCUCUUAUUGCCACUGCUCGGGCUCAGCAGGUCUGCUCUUUGACCACCGAGACCAAGCCUGCCUUGACCUGGUCCAAGUGCACAUCUAGUGGCUGCAGCGAUGUCAAGGGCUCCGUUGGUAUUGAUGCCAACUGGCGAUGGACUCACCAGACCUCUGGGUCUACCAACUGUUACACCGGAAACAAGUGGGACACCUCCAUUUGUACUGAUGGCAAGACCUGCGCCGAAAAGUGCUGUCUUGAUGGCGCCGACUAUGCUGGCACCUACGGAAUCACCUCCAGCGGCAACCAGCUCAGUCUUGGAUUCGUCACCCAGGGUCCCUACAGCAAGAACAUCGGCAGCCGAACCUAUCUCAUGGAGAACGAGAACACCUACCAGAUGUUCCAGCUUCUGGGCAACGAGUUCACCUUUGACGUCGAUGUCUCUGGUAUCGGCUGCGGUCUGAACGGUGCCCUCUACUUCGUCAGCAUGGACGAGGAUGGUGGCAAGGCCAGGUACUCCGGAAACAAGGCCGGAGCCAAGUACGGAACUGGUUACUGUGAUGCUCAGUGCCCUCGUGAUGUCAAGUUCAUCAACGGAGUUGCCAACUCUGAAGGCUGGAAGCCCUCUGACAGUGAUGUCAACGCCGGUGUUGGUAACCUGGGCACCUGCUGCCCCGAGAUGGAUAUCUGGGAGGCCAACUCCAUCUCCACAGCCUUCACUCCUCAUCCUUGCACCAAGCUCACUCAGCACUCUUGCACUGGCGACUCUUGUGGUGGAACCUACUCUAGUGACCGAUAUGGCGGAACUUGCGAUGCCGACGGUUGUGAUUUCAACGCCUACCGCCAGGGCAACAAGACCUUCUACGGUCCUGGAUCCAACUUCAACGUCGAUACCACCAAGAAGAUGACUGUCGUCACCCAGUUCCACACGGGCAGCAACGGACGUCUUUCUGAGAUCACCCGUCUGUACGUCCAGAACGGCAAGGUCAUUGCCAACUCCGAGUCCAAGAUUGCAGGCAACUCCGGUAGCUCUCUCACCUCUGACUUCUGCUCCAAGCAGAAGAGCGUCUUUGGCGAUAUCGAUGACUUCUCUAAGAAGGGUGGCUGGAGCGGCAUGAGCGAUGCUCUGUCUGCCCCCAUGGUCCUUGUUAUGUCUCUCUGGCACGACCACCACUCCAACAUGCUCUGGCUCGACUCUACGUACCCAACCGACUCUACCAAGGUUGGAUCCCAGCGAGGUUCUUGCGCUAUCACCUCUGGCAAGCCCUCCGACCUUGAGCGAGAUGUUCCCAACUCCAAGGUUUCCUUCUCCAACAUCAAGUUCGGUCCCAUCGGAAGCACCUACAAGAGCGACGGUACCACCCCCAACCCCCCUGCCAGCAGCAGCACCACUGGUUCUUCCACUCCCACCAACCCCCCUGCCGGCAGCGUCGACCAAUGGGGACAGUGCGGUGGCCAGAACUACAGCGGCCCCACGACCUGCAAGUCUCCCUUCACCUGCAAGAAGAUCAACGACUUCUACUCCCAGUGCCAGUAA